AUCAAGUUCAAGGUCACCGUCGCUGUUAUAUAUGGUUUUCUUCCGAAUAUUCACUAUCAGUGAGAAUGUCUUUGACAGAUGGUGGCAAUUGUGGUCCUUCCAACCAUUUGAAAUCAUAGCUGGAUCCAUCCAAUAUCCAUCCGCAAUGUCCGGCGUCCAAUUGAUAUGGAUCAAACAAAGUCGCGUUUGUCCAUUAUACUAA